GAGGCCUGAGAGCGACAUGCUCCCGGCAGCUGAGGCAGGGCGGCCCGUGGCUCUGCUUUACUGAGUCCGGGGUGGCUUGGCCGCCGGCCGAGGACGAGGGUCGGCAGGGGCUACCCUCGCGGUGGUGCCCGCCAUGCUAGAGGCCCGGGCGGCUGAGGGAGCCGCCGUGGCGCUCCUGCGACUGCUGCUGCUACUGCUGCUGCCGGCGCUUCGGGGGCCAGGGCUCGGCGUGGCCGGCGCGGCGGGGGCCGGGCUGCCCGAGAGCGUCAUCUGGGCCGUCAACGCCGGUGGCGAAGCGCAUGUCGAUGUGCACGGGAUCCACUUCCGCAAGGACCCUUUGGAAGGCCGGGUGGGCCGAGCUUCAGACUAUGGCAUGAAACUGCCAAUCCUGCGCUCCAAUCCUGAGGACCAGAUCCUGUAUCAAACCGAGCGGUACAAUGAGGAGACGUUUGGCUAUGAAGUGCCCAUCAAGGAGGAGGGGGACUACGUGCUGGUGCUGAAGUUUGCUGAGGUCUACUUUGCCCAGUCCCAGCAGAAGGUGUUUGAUGUGCGAUUGAAUGGCCACGUUGUGGUGAAGGACUUGGACAUCUUUGACCGCGUUGGGCACAGCACAGCUCACGACGAGAUCAUCCCCAUGAGCAUCAGAAAGGGGAAGUUAAGUGUCCAGGGGGAGGUGUCCACCUUCACAGGGAAACUCUACAUUGAGUUUGUCAAGGGGUACUAUGACAAUCCCAAAGUCUGUGCGCUCUAUAUCAUGACUGGGACGGUGGAGGAUGUACCAAAGCUGCAGCCUCAUCCAGGAUUGGAAAAAAAAGAAGAGGAAGAAGAAGAAGAAGAAUAUGACGAAGGGUCUAAUCUCAAAAGACAGACCAAUAAGAACCGGGUGCAGUCCGGCCCCCGCACGCCCAACCCCUAUGCCUCGGACAACAGCAGCCUCAUGUUUCCCAUCCUGGUGGCCUUUGGAGUCUUCAUUCCAACCCUCUUCUGCCUCUGCCGGCUGUGAGAACAAAUUAGCAUCCUGACAGGGCGGAGGGGUGUGGGAAAGAAACCAGACACCUUGGUUUUGGUUUCCUUGUUUUUCACAAUGAUUGACAAACACAAACAGCGCCACACACGCGAAAAUUAAAGGAGAUCAAAAGAGGCUGAGUGAGUAGAGAGCAGCCCUCAUCCACCACCUGGUCCUGGACCCCCUUCAGUCCCAGCCCUCUCUCUGCAGCUGGGCCCCAGCUGUGUUUUCCUGUCCAGGGUACUGAGGGCAAGACUGGAUUGUCCGGUCCAGGACCCCAGUCUGUAUGCCUAGUGGAGAGGACUCUGAACUCCCUUCUUCCACCUAGGCAUUAGCACCAGGGCAGUGCCAUCUUCUUCCCUGAGGAGAUCAGGGCUGGGAGUCCAGUAUGUUCUGCUGUCAUGCCCAAGUAAGUUUCCCGGUGACCCAGGCUUGAGAGUACGUGUCUGCAACAGUGGAGCACUUGUAAGGUACACACACAGAUGAAGGAGGGUAGAGAAAGAAGACUGGUCGCUGCCCUCGGGCUCGGCAGCCUUUCUGAGUGUCGCCCAGUAAUGGCACCUGAGCUCCGCCGUCGUUGCCUCUCUGCCCGACGUGUGCCAAUGAGAGGGCUGUCUGGUAGCCAAGACAACGAGCUUGUCAGGUCCUCAGGUUGCCUCCGACUUGUUGCCACAACAAAUCACUUUGAUUUCAGUGCCUGUUGGGGACUGGAUUUCCUCCCCACCCCCUGAAUCUGGCUCAGUUGCAAUCUCCUCUCCCUUUGUGCCAGCCCCAUUGAGUUCUUAGCAGGAGGGAAGGAGACGUGGGGACUUGGGAUUCCUCCUGAUUGAGUGUCUGGCCCUCUCCCGCCUCACCUCCUCACCUCGCUGGUACCUCCCGCCCCGGGUCUGUCUGAGCCAGCAGUUCUCUCAGUGGCCCCUCUGUCAGGCGGUCUUGCUGCCAGUGGGGGGUGCUUUCCAGCCUACAGCAACGAGACUCUUGACCUUAAAAGUCUCUCUGGUCUUUGGAUUGGAAAAGGCUGAUGUUAGCAUAAUUGAGGAGCAAGCUCAUAGGCUUGAGGCCUACUAAGUGACUGGCUCCUGCUGUGAGUGACCGGUAUCAGAUAUCCACUUGUCCCCUUGCCCUUCUCGAUCCCUCUGUGUCACAGACACAUCUUCAGUCCCGUUGCACUCAGUUUUGGUUUGUGCUUAGUGCUGCCCCAAGGAGCUAGCCUGACUGGCUGUCUUUGAACCACGGCAAGGCCCACAAAGUGUCUAGUCCCCGACCUGCUGCCCUUUCAUGCCCUUUCCUGGGCAGCAGCUGGGCUCUUGGGGUAACGAGCCAAGAGAUUGCCAACCCACCAGAGUCCUGGCCUCUCAAAGCACCCUUAGCACCUGUCCGUGAUGCCCUGGGACGGUUUCUGCAGGAAGCAAAGCAUCCCUGGCCCCCGCCUUUGUUGUCAUUGUCACCCUUCCCUAGUUAGAGCAGCCGAGGAGGAGGGCCCAGGCAGGCUCCCAGCAACGUUGUGUCUGGGAGGCUGCAGGGUCCACAUGGAAUCUCAGACCAGGCCCCUCUUCUAGAAUGUCUUUAGUUUUGAGUUUGCCUUACUGAAUAUUUUAAGACGUCGGUUAAUUUGUCCUCCUCUCAGUGAGACAGGCCCAUGCCCUGGUUUUUGGCUCUUAACGAGUUACUCCCCAGCCCAGAUUGGGUGCUUGAAGAGUUGUAGCCCUUUCUGUGAGCUGGACCUCGGGCCCCAGGAGUAAGGUUAUUGAGUCAGGCAGCCGGCCAGCUGUGGUCUGAGGCUGUAGUCAGUCCCCCUUCCGAGAACUGCUGGGGGAGUUGUUUUGGGAGGUGGGGGCGGUGAGGAAAGGAUGAGGUCCUGGACCACCUGCCUGGGGUGGUAGACUUCUUGCCUAUUAGAGCCUCGAGCCACUGCCAGUGCAGCGGGCAGGUGAGGAAGGACUCGCUGCCUCCCUUUUGCCUUGUUAGUAGUCGGGCCUCUCUGCCCAAGGAGGGGCCCAGCUCCCUCACCUCAACCCUGGAGGCUGCCUCGGCCACCUCCCCACGGUACUGUGAGCCCCACAGCUGGGCUUCUGCCUACUUCCAGGCCUCCCUCCCCCCUGAGCUGGGGGCGGGGGGCACUUUCCUUUGCGGUUGUCUUGGAAAGGAAGGAAUAUCUUCCUAUGUUCACAACUCAAGGGAAGUGAGGAAAUGGGAGGAAGUGUGUGGGGGCUGGGGCAGAGUCCCCUGGAGCCAAGCCCACCCAGCUAACAAGAGGGGCCUGGGGCUGGCUCCUCAUGCUGAACUUGAAAGCUUUUUUUUCCCCUUCCCUUUUUUCUCCUCUAAGAUCAUAUAGGUACAUGAAGUGUGUAAAGGGGUGGGGUGGGGUGCCCUUUAUUUUUAUUUUUGUAUUGUGUAUGUUGAGAAUUACUCUUGUUCAUCUGUUGCUUUUCCCAACAUUCAUUGGAGUGAGUGCCGCAUCUUUGGGGCAGGGGUGCUUGAUGCCAGGAUGGGGUGCUCCUCCAAGGGCCGUGCUCGGUCUUGGGACUGUAGACCCCAUGGCAGAUGAAAAGUGGAUGGCCAGGGCGAAGCUCCUCCAGACAGCAGGGCUUCGGUUCCGCCUGCCCCUGGGGUGGGCUGAGGUCAGGGGCCUCAUCUGGGCACUGCUGUCAGGAAGCUGCCUAGGCAGCUCACCUCCUCAACCUAAAUUCAUUUUGGCUGGAAAACAAAACAAAAAAUGCCACUCCUCAGGAGAGGCUGGGUUAUACUGGAGCCCCAGCCCCAGGGCGCCACCUGUUGCUUUGAGACAACGCUUCCCACUGUUGGCCUCAGAGACCCUGGCCUGCCACUGGGUGGUCCGAUUGAGUUUGCUUAAGCCCUGAGAUGGUGGGCUGGCCUCGAAGUGCAGUGUCCCUCCUCUCCAAGCCUGGGAACUGCUGGAUCUACUUUUAGCUUUGGGGGUCGACUUCCUUGUCUGUCUGGAGAAGCUUCUGUUUUAAGGAAUUUCUCUUCCUUCUUAUCCUGCCUGUAGCCUCUCCUGGGAAAGCCUGACCAUGGCUUGUAGAAUCUCAGCCAAACUUCAGGAAAUGGCAGCAGUGUCUUCCCUUUCCUGCUCUGUACUCUUCCUCUCCCUGGAAACCCACCCUCGGGAAAGCCCGGGGCUGAGCCCGAGGGCCCUCUGCCCUCGCCGGAGCCCCCAGAGUGGGGCAGCCCCUCCCGGCUGCACAGUGCCUUUUCCUCCUGCUCGGAGCCAGGUGGGCCUUCCCUCUCCCUUCAGGUCUGGGCAGGGGUCCUCCAGCCCACCACGGCUCUUCCCAUCCUGCCCUCCCCGCCUCUGCUGGCCUAGUCUGACAAAUCCCAGUGUCUUCUUGCCUCAAGGAGCCUGAAUGGCAUCAAGUGGGAACGUGUGUGACUUUCCUCCCUGCCUUUUCCAACGAGCUCCUAAAGGGCUUAGGGGAGCCCAAGUCAUGCAGAGUGAGGGGCUCCUCACUGCUCCUCCCUCGGGGAAGGAGGCCUGACACAGAAUCUGAAGCCCGCUUCUCUUCUCUGCAAAGAGCACCAAGAACUUGGCAUAGAGGUGCUGAGAAAGUGGGGCCAGCUCCCUGGGCUGCCCUGGCUUAGACUCUCCUGGGGCAAGAGGGCUGGGUGUCCUCUUUGUUACUAGAUUAGAUUGGCACCAGGUGGUCAGCGCCCCAGCAAGUGUGCGCCUUUUCUUUGCCCCAGGUGACUCGCUGCCAAUCUGGGCUGCCUUUCACUGAGUGGCUCUGUCUAGGCUGGCCUACUUUCAGGUGGCUGAGCCAUCUUGAUAAGAGCAGGUGAUCCGGGGACUGGCUUGAGUUGGCAGUGUAAGAGCAGGCUGCAUCCUUUGGGACAGGUCCCACCCUCCCCUCCCCCAAGAAGUGUAAGAACCAGGAGCCAGGAUUGUGCUGGCAGCCGGGGAAACAGUAGUGCCUGUUGGAGUUGGCAGAGGGGGGCUUGGCACUGCCCGCACCAGGCAGUCUUGUGAGAUGGGGACCUAUCGCACCAAGAAAAAGCAGAGCUCUCUUCUCACCUCUAUUUUGAGCUUUGGUGCUUUAUUUCAGUCUGAGGAAAAACAACAACAAACUGAAGUGCUUUCCGUCCUUUUAAGGGACAAGUGUCGGGAAAGGAGACCCGAGCUGCCAGGUGGGUGGGGAGAAUUGGCAGGGAGAGAUGUUCUAACAAAACGAGGAAAGAGACAUUCUCGACGCCUCUGUUCCCUGGUGUAUUGUGAUCCAAGGAAUGAAAAGAAAUUUGACCCUGGAUUAGUUCCCUUCUCGGAUGGAAGGGAUGCUAACUUUUCCUCCUCCUAGGUCCUCCCAGGCUAGGACCAGCUGCCCCCUCAGAGCUCAGGACUGCCUCUUCACCCUUGACGGGCCUGACCGGCCCUGCACACUGGGGCUGGCUGCUCUGGUUGGUACCGAGGAGUGGAGACAGGGUCACGUUCCCAGGCGUUCUCGCAUCUUCUACUCUGGUUGCCCAUCCUCUGGCUGCCCAGAGCCCAGCCCCCGCGCUGUAGGCACAACACCUGUUUCCAGCGGCACAGCAAGGCGUGAUGGGGAGGGCUUUGGACCUGCCUGGCCAGGGCAAGCCGUAGGGGUGGGUAGAGCUGUCUUUCCUUUUGGGCUGUCUCCAUCUGUCCCUACCCCUACUAUGACCCCCCCACCCCCACCAAAAAGGAAAAAAAAAUCAGGAUGUUUUUCACUGUCCAUUGCUUUGUGUUUUAAUAAACAAUUUGCAGUGACA